GCCUGAAAGGCACUGUGCUUUCAGGAAGAAUGCAGUGCAGGGCUUUAUGUCGAGUCAAAAUCGACGGGCUGUCCUUGCUUUACUGAAACAAUUGCGUGUUUAUGGUUUUGUAGUACGUGAUGUCAUGAGGGUGUUGGCUUUUAGGAAUUUCACUACUGAGGAAGCAGUUUGAAAUGCAGGCAGAAUCCUCAAGACCUUCGAGUAUGCACUUGGUUUCUUUUUAGUUAGCUUUGAACAAAGGUACAGAUGGAUAUGCACAUACGUAUUUUUUUUGGUAAGGACUUAACAUAUGGAAUGUAGGAGCGCUUUAAGUGGAUACAAUACCUGAAGGCAAUGUCGAGUCAGUCUGGAUUUUCAAACUCUCUUCCUCUACCAGGAUAUCCAUUCUACCAGGUGUCAUGCAGCCAUAAUCAGCAGACCACGUCAUUUAGACAUCCUGUGACAGGACAGGUCUCUCCAGAAAAUAUUGAAUUUAUUUUGCGGGAAGAACAGAAUUCAUCUAUGUCCAAGCAACAAAUAAACCAAAGACCUUCAAGCAUGGUCAGUGAAACGUCCACUGCAGUAACUACAUCUGCUGUUGAUACAAAACCUGGCUCUAAGGUUGUGAAGACUGGAAGCAAAGUGCAUAGCUUUGGAAAGAGGGAACAAGCUAUCAGGAGGAAUCCCAAUGUUCCUGUUAUAGUAAGAGGCUGGCUACACAAACAGGAUAGCUCUGGAAUGCGAUUAUGGAAAAGGCGAUGGUUUGUGCUUGCUGAUUAUUGUUUGUUUUACUACAAAGACAGCAGAGAAGAAUCUGUUCUGGGGAGCAUACCCUUGCCUAGUUAUGUCAUAUCUCCAGUUGGACCUGAAGAUCGUAUAAAUCGCAAGUUUUCUUUUAAGGCUGUGCAUACAGGUAUGCGGGCAUAUAUUUAUAAUAAGAAUUCUGUUAUUGGCUCUCAGGCAGAGCAUUCAGGGAUGAGGACAUACUACUUCAGUGCUGAUACCCAGGAGGAUAUGAAUGGCUGGAUCCGGGCUAUGAACCAAGCUGCUCUUAUGCAAACACGCUCUUCACUGAAGAGAGAAACUGAAAAAGUGGAUCAGCAAGCUGUUCCCCAAGUGAAUCAUGUGGAUGCCAGUAAAGAGUGUGUGAAGGGAGAGAUUACAGAUAGAAAAGAAAGUUACCCAAAAUCAGCUGAAAUGCUUGGAUAUGAUAAGCGUGAAGAGAUAAGAAGAGAAAAGGAGGAGGAGGAGCGUUAUAUUCACAGAAAAGGAACUCUGGAAACUAAAAAGGGAAAGGCCAAGAACGUGUUAACAGAAGCUGAUUCAUUAUUUCCAGACUUAACGAAUGCAUCGAAGGCAUCGUGGUCCCAAGUAGCUCAACCUCAGCCAGCUGAGAAGAAUGGAACCCUUCCUAGUUCAUUAAGUGUGAGUGCUGGCCUAGUGGAGCAGAAUGGUACUGGCUCAUAUAAAAGAGGGUUUGUUCCCAGAGCAAAUCCAGAUAAGCAGUUUCAAAGAAAAAGUAACAUGGCUCAAGUGGAACACUGGGUAAAAGUCCAAAAAGGAGAUACAAAAAGCCUCACUUCUGAUCAGACUCUUCCACGUCAGGGUCCCAAUCCUCCUUUUCCUGAAAACUAUCACACUUUGCCAAAGAAUACCAGGCAGCCUUCAGGGAGCUCACCACCACCAAACCGCAAUCUGCCGAGUGACUACAAAUAUGCACAAGAUCGUGUUAGCCACUUGAAGAUGUCCCAGGAGGAAAGGAAAGCAAAUAAGGAUGGAACUGUUUGGCAGCUGUAUGAGUGGCAGCAGAGGCAGCAAUUUAAACACGGCAGCCCCACUGCCCCGCUUUAUGUAAGUUCUUCAGACUUUAUUGAUCGUGGUAAGUCAAAAAGUUCAUUAGAUGUUCCACGAUCAAUAUCUGUUCCACCCUCUCCAUCUGAUAUUCCUCCACCUGGACCUCCAAAAAACUUUCUCCCAAGGAGACCACAUACUCCUGCAGAAAGGCUUACAGUUAAACCAUCUGAUGAGAGACAGACUGUAGACGUUCCUUUUGCUGGAUCACCCAGGAAGAUACGAAAUCAUGCUGCAAAGAGCUCCACUCACCUGGACCGGCGCUCCAUGCCUGCCGUGGGCUACAUGACACACACCGUGAGCGCGCCCAGUUUGCACGGCAAGUCGCCCGAAGAGCUAACAUUGCUUCUCAUUCGAUUAAGGAGGCAUCAGGCUAAGUUGGCUAGUAUAAGAAAUUACACAAUCGCACAAUUACUGCAGCACUUGCCAACUAAUUCCACCUAUCAGGCUGAUGACACUUAUAUCCAGUUGAAAAAGGAUCUGGAGUAUUUGGAUCUAAAGAUAGAAAAUAAUGGACCUCUGAUCAACAUGAUAUACAAAGUGCUAAAGAACUCAGCACAAGGGUUACUAUCCAGUAUACAUGUGACAGGACGUGACACAUUAAAAGAAAGAAGUACAAAACCUGUCAAGAUUGCAGAAAGUGAUAUCGAUGUGAAGCUAAGCGUUUUCUGUGAGCAGGACAGAAUUCUGCAGGAUUUGGAGGACAAAAUAAGAGCUCUUAAGGAGAAUAAAGAUCAGCUGGAGUCUGUUUUGGAGGUUUUACACAGGCAGAUGGAUCAGUACAAAGACCAACCACAACAUGCAGAAAAAAUAUCUUACCAGCAGAGACUUUUGCAAGAGGAUCUUAUACGUAUUCGGGCUGAAAUAUCCAAAGUUUCAACGGAAAUGGAAAAUGCCUGGAAUGAGUAUCUGAAAUUAGAAAAGGAUGUGAGCCAACUGAAAAAAGCCUUACAGGAACAGAUGAACAGUUCAUUGCUAUCUCAGGAGAAAACACAAAUACAAAAAGACUUGUGGAGAAUUGAAGAUGUUACAGCUGGCUUGAGUGCAAAUAAAGCAAACUACAAGACCAUAGUAGACUCUAUUAAGAAUCCAGAGAGAAAAACAGUGCCUUCAUUUUCUCAGUCUUCAGUGCCUUCCUUACCAGCCUCCCUUGCAACUGCGGAGAACAAACUUCCAGUUGCUCAGAGCCCUCCACGCAGCCCGGUUAAAUCCCCCCUGGAGGUCAGGCUGUAUCCACAGCCUUAUUUCCAGACCAGAACACAGCACCAAGCACAGCAGCUGAAAAAAAUCGAGCCACCUCUUCAGUCACCAGUUAAGCUCAAGCCAAAGGUUGAAGAUGAAGCACCACCCAGACCUCCUCUCCCGCAGCUGUACAGUCCUGAUGAUCAGCCACCAGCUGUUCCACCUCUCCCGAGAGAAGCCACUGUCAUCAGACACACAUCAGUGCGGGGCCUGAAACGUCAGUCAGAUGAGAGAAAGAGAGACAGAGAACUCGGACAAUAUGUAAAUGGAGAUUAUAGGGUGGAACUGCGUUCAUACAUGAGUGAACCAGAACUGGCAAUGAUAGGGGGUGACCUCAGCCAUCCUUCCAGUGCUUUAAUAAACCCUGACAGUGGAUACCAGACAUUACCUACCCGUGGUUUGUCUGGAUCAACUUCCAGAUUGCACCAGUCAUCUACCAUUUCAUCGUUUGCAACACUUCGAAGGGAUAGGUCCAAGGAGAGACCAAAGAGUGCCUUGGAACGUUUAUACUCUGGAGACCACCAAAGAGGCAAGAUGAGUGCGGAGGAACAACUAGAAAGAAUGAAGCGACAUCAGAAGGCAUUAGUUCGUGAGCGCAAGAGGACUCUUAGCCAAGGAGAACGGCAGUCUGUCUCAUCUCGGUCUUUCAUCAGGCCCGUUUCUGCAGACGUAGGCUCAUGGAAACGAGAGCAAGAAUUUGAUUUGCAGUUACUUGAGAGGGCAAUUCGUGGAGAAGAGAAGGAUGAGAAUGAAUGGUUAAAAGUUCAGCCAGUAGCAGUGACAGAGACAGACCUGGAGCCUCAAGACUAUGAUUUAGAUAUCAGCAGAGAGUUGUCAAAACCUGAGAAGGUUGUAAUUCCAGAACGUUAUGUUGAACUGGAGCCAGAAGAGCCUCUUUCUACUGAAGAACUGGCAGCAAGGCAGCGUAAAGCAGAAAAGAUAAAGAAUAUUCUUACUAAAUCAAGUAUGCACAAUCUACAGCCUACUGUAGCCCAGGACAAACACAACUCGAUUGAUUUAGAUUCACAGCUGCAAGAGCAGGAGCGCAUCAUUACCAUAUCAUACGCUUUGGCUUCUGAAGCCUCUCAGAGGAGCAAGGAGGUAGCAGCUCAGCAGUUGACCUAUCCACCUAAAGCACCCUCACCUUCUGUACCACAGCCACCUCACUCCCCCUUAAGCAAUGGAUUUCACUACACAUUUGUUUAAACACCUUAAAAGUAAGAACUAACUGCUCUCGGCAUGUCUGAUUUGCCAUUGUGCCUGUGCUGUGGCUUGCUACAUUUUAACAUCUUUACUAAACCGAAAUGGGAUCCAAAUGAAAGCAUGCAGCUAUUUUUCCUGAAACCUUUCAUUCUUGUAAAUAUUGCUUCUAAUGAGCUAACACGUGGGCUUCUGAAGUCUUCAGGUAACUCCUGUUGCUCUACAGAUAAGGUGCUUCCACAAUCUCACUGUGGUGAAGGAGGGAGACGUGUGUUCUGUUGGUAGCAAGGGGCCAGAUUUUCAGCAGCCGUUUGUACUCCGGUGGCCACUGUUGGGCUGCACAGGUGGUUUUUUUGCUUGUGUGUGGUGUAUAAAGUUGCUGCUCAAGAGAAUCCAAAGAGCACAGUUGUAUGAGCAGAGGGUUUGUUUGUGGGCUGGUUAUCUUACACACGAGCUGGCAUCGGAGUCCUGACUGAGGUGAGCUGAAAAUUUGGCCCUUUAUGACCAAGUCUGCAAUCUUGUGUCUGGCUAUGAUCGUGCCUUUGAUGUGUUUUUCAUUGAAUUGUGUUAAUAGAAGAUUAUUUUUUUCUCUGAUUAGGUUAUUUUGCCACUUCAAAUCUCGUUGUCCUUAUUAAGAAAUGUCUUUAUUUGUAUCUCUUCCUGGUAGGACUUGCAGAGUUUUCUGUAUUUGAAAUAGGAAAACAUGUAAAUAUUACAUAUGACUGCUAAGUGUGUCCCUAGUUAAGACACUCGCUACACAUCCAUAGUUUCCUUUGAUACUAUUCUCAUAUUUCUGAUGUCUUUUGGCCUAAUUUUAUUGCCUGAAAUUGAAGAAAAAGUUAAAACACAGAUGAAAUAGUAAAGAGGGUUGAUUGAGUAACUCAAAUAGUGUUAAUCUUUAGAUAACUUUGUUUUAAUUGCCACUAAUCUGAGUCAAAUAUCUGUGCAAAAAAUAAAAAUCUAAAUGGAAAUGGCUACAUACCAGAAAGGCCUUCUACAAGCCCUGUGAAAAAUGACAAAUUUACAUCAAGAGAGAUGUAUAGACAUUAAGAGCCUCUACAGACCUUGAUGGAAAGGACUGUUUGCUUUUCUGGUUCAGUUUAUCUUUCUGAGAACCAGAUUCUACCAUCUUUGCUGUGUCUGAAGAACACUUGACUCUUCUAUAUCCAGGGGUAUGCUAGCUGAUUUUUGCUAUCACAUGAGAUCUUUGCAUGAGAAGAGGUCUUAAGAGGUCUCUACCUAUGUGUGGUCUAAAGAACCCAGAAAAAUAAUUGUACUAUUGCAGAGUAUUAGGUAUAAAAAGGUACCUUUUCUUGCGAAAAAUAAACUAAUUGUAAUGACCAGCACCAUGCAGGGGGCACAGGCGUUUGAGCAUCAGUGGCAUAGUGAGAUAAUUAUUCAUUUAAUGUGUCUGUGUGAAUUGUUUAUUCUGCCAAACUGCAGAAGGCUUUAAAAAAACCCAAACAUUUCCAGAAAUUGCUUAAUGCUUGGGAUUGGUUUACUUGUUUCAGUAUUUAACCAUGUUUUAUUUUACUUCAUACUAGCCAAAGCAGUAAGUGAACACUGACAUAAGACUCGAGGCAAAUCCCACCUAGUGACACUGUGUGGAAGACAGAGGAGGUUCUUCACCAGCUUUCUGUGAAGAUACUCAUCGGCUGAUGACACAUUCUUCUGGAAAUACGUUCAGAAAAUAAUAGGGGGAUUUUCUAUGAAAAUGAAGAGAACUGCAAAUCUUUUUUUAUUUACUUCGGUUUAGUUCACACUUUUUAUACAAAUAAACGGCACUUUUAAUAAACUCUGUAAAAUACUGACAAUGUAUUUUUAGAACAAUGUAUUUUAGAUUUUUUUUUUUUAAAUCAAGGGCUGAAUUCAUUUUAAAAGACAGUACUUGCAUAGAUAUUAAAAGACACUGUUACUUUCCCCUCAGGCUCAGAUGCACAUUGUAAAGUUUUGUGAAAAAAACCGUACAUUUGAACAAACCUAGGAGCACAUUCAUAGCAUAUGGAUAGAGCAAACACAGGUGACAGGUUUGGUGAAAGGGUGUUUUGGACUGAAUAUUUUUGUGGAGUUUAAUCACCCACCCUUUUACCCAUUAAAUAAUACAUUGCAAGAACUUUUAGCUUGAAUUUCUAAAUAUUAGUAACCACUGUAUAGCUUAAAUUUCCCAAGAAAGCCAUAAUGAAAACCAGUUUUAACUCCCAUUUCAUUUUUUGAUCCCAGAUGGUUAACUUGCUGGUAUCAAUACACAGUUUGCUAGGUUGCCCUUGACAGUAGUGCUGCCCCCUCCAUGACAAACAGCUAACAAAUUUUAUUUUUUCUGAAAGUUGAGAUGUGAAAGAAGACGACUUUUAAUUAAAAUAUGUGAAGUAAGCAAUAAAAAAUUAUAAUAUGUCAUUUUACUAGCAAAUACAUAUUUUUCUUUCGAUUUUUUUUUCAAUAAACCUUCCAUUAUGAUGUAUAUUUAUCCUGGAAACAGCAAAACUAAUGUAAUGUGGCACCUGUUAAUUUCUUAUGUAUGUUCACCUGGUGCUUAACUCUGCCAAAUUUUUUGAAAUUCAGUGUUGUACUUAUGCAUGGGGCAGAGGGUGAGGUAGUUAACAUAAGAAGAAAAUAAAAUUAAAGGAAUUGCUGCAACUAUACUUGAAAAAACCCUGUGUACGCAUUGAAUGCAAGACAUGCAAAAAUUUCCCAAUGUUAUGUAAUUAGUAGCUGAGUUCAGCUCUGGAUGAGAAAUAACUGAGAAAUACUUCUGCAGUAUUUUGUGAAACCACUAACUUGUUUAUUUCCUGUAUUUGAGUAAUAGCUAAAACCCCCUUGAAAUUGCCCCUCGUGUUUCAGACUUUAAGACAAAUAUUAUAUUAACACUAUACUCAGAAAUAUUCUUAAAAGUAUAUAUUUAGCUAAUACAAUCUAUUUUACCUCAAUACUGCCAGUAUCAACUUCAAAACCUUUUGCCAAAAUAAUGAUUUAUUUUUGCCUUUAUAAAAAGUUUUGAAAGCGUAAAUGAAUAUUUUGCAAGAAAACAUUAAUUUAAAUAAAAUGUAACAGUUUGGAAAAUGGUAUAUGUACAGAUUAAAAUAUUAACAUAACUUC